AUGGACGUGAGGAAGGUCUUUCCCUCUUCCCUCCGUCGUUCCAAAAGCAAGCGCGACCAGUCUGCCAGCGUCGCCGCCGCCGCUCCAUCGCCCCCUCAAAACGUCGCCACACCUGAGGCUUACACGCCCACGAUGCCCAUCACCAUCCCGCGACGAAAAGCCAUCCUCACGCGCAAAGACGAGUGGUCGCAGCAUACGCAGUUCUUGCAACAGCGAGGCCGCACCAGCAUCCUCCUCGCGCAGCAGUGCCACCAGCAGCAGAAGGCUCUAUGCGGCCCGACGCGCCGCAAUUCCAGCGCUCAGCGCAACGCCGAGGCACUGUACUGCAGCCAGCCCCUACGCCACGGUCUCCUCGCCCAGGCACUGCGGACGCAUGAGCGCGCAUAUAGCCAGGGUCCGGGCGGUGAUUUGGUGGAUGAAGCAUCGGAGGACCUCACGAGCCACAACAGGGAGAUUGUUGAGUCCUCAGCACUGGCAUCGGCCCGUUCCACCACGCACCUCCUGCGUACCGCGGCAGAGCCCGUCGUGUGUCUCAAAGUCGCGGAGGCCGAAUGGCCCGACCGCUCGCGUGGGCGCUCGCCCUACCCGGACACGGGACGGAUGUUCCGCGCACGCAGGACGUCGAGCGCGGGCAGCCGCCCGACUGUCAUGACGCUUGGCCGGACGCGGUCGUCGCUUGUUCUCAGCAACGAAGAGCUGGAGCGGUCGCUGGAGAAGGAGGACUACCGCGAGGAACGGGGUCGCGGGCCGGAGCACGGACGUGAGGAGCUCGAUGAGAAGGAGAUGGUUCGAGGAUGGGAGUUGGAGUAUGAGCGCGGGCGGACGCGGGGCCGGACGAGGGGCCGUGGCAUCGCUGUUGUGCGUGCGCCCCCUGCGCAUAUGUGA